CAACUUCAAGUAAAAUUAUUUUGUUUUCCAUUAUAUAUAUUUAUUGGGCCUUGUUGAGCUCAGUUGUGUUGAUUGAUAUUUUCGAUUUCGUAAAACUGUGUAAAUUCGGAACAAUGUCUAACAAAAGAAACAAGGAAGAAAUAAACCAGGAUAGCGAAAGUGAGGGAGAGCAGGAUUCUGCAAGCGAAAAUUCUGAUGUGGACUCUGAUGGAAACUUAGUCGGUGACCAGGAACUGCAAGCUGACUUUGAGGGCCGUAAUCCUGAAGACUGUGACUUCCAUGGCAUCAAGCAGUUACUGCGCCAAUUAUUUCUAAAGUCUCAUGUUGAUUUGGGAGGCCUUGCCCAAAUUAUUAUCUCCCAAAAUUUUGUAGGUAGUGUGGUGAAGCAAUGUUUAGAUGAGCCCGAAGAUGAUGAUGAUGAAGACGACGGCAGUGAUGGUGUCUUCGGAGUCACCACAGUCAUUAAUAUUACCAAAAAGAAAAAUGAACCAAGCAUACAGCAAAUAAGGACACUACUCACGACCCUAGCAGAGGACAAUGCAGAUGACAGAACCAAAGCCCUCAUACAUAAGAUACUCUCGGACGACUCGCAACAUGUUGGACUUGUUAUCAAUGAAAGAAUCCUAAACAUUCCCGCACAAAUCAGCGUGCCUCUAUUUGCUUCACUACAAACCGAGUUAGAGAAAGCCAUCAAGAAGAAUAUGCCGUAUACAUUCCAGUAUCUAGUGUGGAUCUGUAAAACAUAUAACACAGCAGAGAACUCAUCGGAGGUGCUGUAUGCGAACCAGGAAGAGAGGCCGCUGGCGAGCGAGGCGGUGGCCAGCUUCGACGUGGACGUGGCCGAGCAGGCGCAGCUCUCGCAGUGGGACUGCGACGGCGGCGCCCUCUCGCCAUGCCGGAAGGUACUCAUUUUCGACGGCAGCAAACUCAACCACCUCGUGAGGCUUAUCAAAGAAGAGGUGGAGAGCGCCUAGGGCUUGUCUAUGUAACUGACAUGUAAUCGUAUGCCAUAUAUACGCGACGUAUUUAUAUUUUAUUACUGCUAAGUCAUAACUAUAUUAUUAAAUUUGCUAAGCUUUUA